AGCGCUUCACACAACAAAAAAAUUCCAAACACAAAUUUUGUUACGCCAACGAAAACAUUUCCGCAUUUAACUUUGAUAUUAUUUACAGUAACUAUUGGAGAUUACAGAUUAGAUCAUGUAUCAGAAUCAAGUGGUGUUGACGCGCGAGCGUCGUCGCUUUGGACGGCAAUGCAUGUUCGAGGAUCGCAACGAGCUGAUGGUCAGCGUGCAUCCGAGCAGCCGCUUGCGUUUGAAGUACAUCAUGGGCAAUCCGCAGACGCGGGGCAUGCAGCUGAGCUCGAUAAUGGCCAGCAGCGAGGUGGAGACUGAGAAUGCCACCUACGAUGAGCAUGGCAUGUUUCACUACGAGGGCGGUUGGCCCAAGGAGGUGAACAUGAACGAUGAGGAGCAGACGUUGCGACAUCGCAAGAAGGUCGAACGUGACGAUGCCUGGGGCGAGGAGGUGAAGACAUUGAUACGCACCACCAUGAAUACGGCACGUCAGAACAAUGCCAUCAAUAUCUAUAAUCAUUUCUUCGACGAUAUACCCUACGAAGUGGGACGCACCAUUUGCAUGCCAUUCAAGUCGCGCACCAUCAACAUCAUUCAUGACAUGUGGCGUCCACAGCGGCACAUGUCCGUCAUCAAUUGGAUGCCGAACAACAACAAGCAGAUCAUGACACAGUAUAGCAAUCUAUACAAUUUGGGCGAGGAUGAUCGCAAGUCACGCUUGGUCACCGAGGAUCCCACAAACGGUUCGACGAAUGCCUUCUAUGUGUGGGACGUAAAGAAUCCGAUUAAACCGUUGUCCUACUACGACAGCAUGGAGGUGAUUUCAUGUGCCAAAAUCUGUCCCAAGGAGGAGAACAAUCUGGCGGCUGGCACGUAUACGGGCAAAGUGUGCAUCUGGGAUAUGCUAGAGAGCGGAAUGACCACCGGCAUUUGCCCCAUGGAGGCGGCACAUCGUCAACGGGUUUCGGCGAUCACUUGGGUCCACUCGAAGCUGAACACAGAGUUCUAUAGCGCAUCGUUGGAUGGAUCGAUCAAGUUCUGGGAUACACGUGAUCUCAAGAUGCCAUCGAAUGAGAUAUUCCUGGAGACCACUCCGAAUAUGAAACAGAAUCGUCAGGAUGCUCACGGUUGUACGGUGCUGGAGUUUGAGUACACGAUUCCGGUGCGUUUCAUCGCUGGCAGCGCCAUGGGAUACGUGUUUGUGGGCAAUCGCAAGGGCUUGAAUCCCGUCGAGAUGCUGGUGGGCAGCUAUCAAAUAUGCGCUGGACCCAUUCGCACCAUACAUCGCAAUCCGUUCUUUGUGAAGAACUUCCUCAUCGUGGGCGAUUGGAUUGCCCGCAUCUGGUGCGAGGAGGUCAAGAAUCGUCCCAGCACCAUGUAUGUGAAGAAGCGCAAUCAAUUGAUGUGCGGCGCCUGGAGCACGGGACGCGCCUCGCUCUUUGUCACCGGCGAUAUUGAGGGCGUUCUUGACUUUUGGGAUUUGCUCUUGAAUCAACGCGAACCCAUCUAUAGCGUCAAUUUCCGUUCGACGGUCACCGCCGUCGUAUUUCAGCCGGGCGGACAGCAUUUGGCCGUCUCGCUAGCAAACGGGGAUACGCACAUCAUGAAUCUCGAUGAGGCCAUGAAGCACACCACCAGCAAGGAGAAGGCUCUCAUGGCAGCCAUGUUCGAGCGAGAGAUUACGCGCAGCAAGCUGCUGGAGGCUCGUGUCGAUGAGAUCAAGCUGCGUCGUCGCACACAAAUGUUGGAGGAGGAGGAGGAGCGCCAAUCGAAGGCAGCGCCUGUUGUUCAGGAAUAUAUGCCCGAUCUGGAGCUUGAUCCCGACAAUCCAGAUCAGUUCAUCAAGAUGAUCGAGUCCGAUGAGGAGUUUCGUGUCGCCCUCUCCCAAUUCCACGAGACUCUCGAGGCCGUCGAUCGCAAACGAGCCGCCGAAAAGAAGGUGAUGGAACGCACCCACUUCGAGCAGUACUAUCUCGAUAAUCUCGCCGAGCAGGCAAAGCUCGAGGAGGCUCGCAAGAAGCGAGCCGGUUCCAUCACCUCAAAGGAGGCCCGCGAAUUGCGUGCUGCCAAAAAGAAGGCCGCCAAGGUCAAGGGCAAGAAGUAAAUGAAGCCUUUGAAGCUGAGCAGAAUAUAUUAUUAACUAUUAUUUUACUUGUCUAUACGAAUAAAACAAUUGGAAGCAUUUCAAAGCACUUCGCAU